GGGGACAGCACUACCGCAGGCAGACGUAGAGUUUCUUCAGAUCUUGGGAGUUUUUCCUCUUGUUCUUCUUCUCGCGUACCUUACCUUGCCUUAGACAGCACCUAAUUACCUACCUAAAAGACAGGGAUGGGCGGAUGCCACUGGUAAUCAAGGUAAGGUAAGGUAAGGUAUUGCAGAUGAUCGGCCAUCGAGAGACUAGCACGUUUCGUUUUUUGUUCCCUUGGGACGUAUGUAAACUCGUGUGUUCCCCCCUUCGUCCACGUCCACGCCCACUGUCCCUGCACAAGAGCUAUUGUUUCCUUUCGAAGGCUUGCUUUCCUUGCUAUCCUCAUUGCUCCUUCCUCACGACUUGCACCUCACCAAGAGCACCUUCUGCGAGAAUCUCUCGGUACCUACCGACCCAGUCCCUGGUACUCCCUCGGACUUGGUCAGUGCUUUCACCUCUGUACGAUGGCCGCGGCAGUCGACAUUCAAUCAGCAGCAGCAGUAGUCCCUCACACGGGUAUCAGCCGGUUAAGCAAUUCAAGCCGCUUCCUACCCUUUCGCUCUUCUCGCAACCAACAACCACCGCCGCCCCGAGCGAUCAACUCCUCCCGCUCCGGCUCAACAUCGACGACAUCCUCCAUAUCCUCUACCGCAUCGGCUUCAGCAGCAUCGCCAGCAGCAUCACUUCAGCUAUCCCCCUCGACCUCCCCGACGAGCAGCACCAAGUCCGGACACAGGUCCGAGUCGCGCUUGAGCAUGCCUUUCAGGAAGAUGGCGCGUCACUUUGGCGACACUGUAAGCUCCCUCUUUUUGCCUUGCUGCUCCUUCUUCGUCUUUGGAACUGGCUUUUGCCCCUUGCCCGCCGCUGCCGCACUGGGAAGUGAGGCCUGAUGAGGUCACAAUCUUCCUCCAUGGUCCUGCAUUCCAGGUCGGACGACAGCCGCGGACGGGCAAGCACAUGCCCUCUCGUCUCGUCGCCUGCCUUGAAGUGCGGUGGUGAGGCUGGCAACGGCG